CCUCGGUUCCUCAGAUUGUCAGCGUAUGCCCUGCCAUGCGGAUGUGCUCGCGGACUAAUUUCGUCUCGAACUCCGGCUCCGUUUUCGACUUUUGACGUAAACCCCGUGCAAAAGAAGUGGUUUCAACUCCGGGUGUACGGUUAUUUUUGCGCGUUUUUCGAACAAGUGUUAAAGAGAAAGAAAGGAAAGUGAUAAAAUCGGGGGAGGCAAAAAUAAUUUGCACUUACGGUAUAAAUGCCUCAAACAGAAAGAUAAAAAAAAGUAAAGUCCAAGCAAAGUCGGAACUUUGCCAGAUAAAAGCCACAUAACAUCAAAAACCCAACGUAAACAAGGUCUUAAGACCACCAAAACGUAUAAUUUGACAAAAUAAUAUUUCGCCACCAGCAAAGUCAAAACCGAAACCGUAAUAAUAGUUUGCAAAUAGGAAAAUAAGUCCAAACAAGAUAAAUAGCAAAAGCAAACGCAAAUAAAAUUGAGAGAAAUAUUUAUUAUUUGCUUAUAAGGCUAAGCUAAAUAUUUGCCGCCGGCAAAUAUUUAAAAGGUGUUAAGUGUUUCGUGGGUGUGUAGUUUCUAAGCCGAAAAAAAUAAAUUGGAUAAAUAUUUCAUGGUGUACAAGUGAGUGCAAGCAAAGUAAAGCAACAUGUGUGUGUUUUAAAAGUCUUUAACAAAAUCGAAAUAAAUACCCGAAAAGUUCUUUGACAAAGAUAAGGAGCGAUACAGAAAAAUUCCAAAAUGUGGCGUCAGAUCCUGUUUAUUUUACCCACCUUGAUACAAGGUGUCCAGCGUUACGAUCAAAGUCCCCUGGAUGCCAGCCCCUACUAUCGCAGUGGUGGGGGAUUGAUGCCAAGUUCGGGGACCGAAUUGGAUGGACUACCCCACCACAAUCGCUGCGAACCCAUCACUAUUUCGAUCUGCAAGAAUAUACCCUAUAACAUGACCAUUAUGCCGAACCUUAUUGGCCAUACGAAGCAGGAAGAAGCGGGUCUGGAGGUCCAUCAGUUUGCUCCGCUCGUGAAGAUCGGCUGUAGCGAUGAUCUCCAGUUGUUCCUCUGCUCACUCUAUGUUCCGGUCUGCACAAUUUUGGAGAUACCCAUACCGCCCUGUCGAUCCCUAUGCGAAUCGGCCAGAGUGUGUGAGAAGUUGAUGAAAACCUACAAUUUCAACUGGCCGGAAAAUCUCGAGUGCUCCAAGUUUCCCGUCCAUGGCGGGGAGCAUUUGUGCGUGGCGGAGAAUACCACCUCCUCGGCCUCCACGGCGGCCACGCCCACAAGGAGUGUGGCCAAGGUCACCACCAGGAAACACCAAACGGGCGUGGAAAGUCCCCACCGCAACAUCGGAUUCGUCUGCCCGGUGCAACUGAAAACCCCGCUGGGCAUGGGCUACGAACUGAAAGUAGGCGGAAAGGAUCUUCAUGACUGCGGAGCUCCAUGUCAUGCGAUGUUCUUCCCGGAAAGAGAAAGAACUGUUCUGCGAUAUUGGGUUGGAUCCUGGGCAGCGGUCUGCGUUGCCAGCUGCUUAUUUACGGUGCUCACCUUCCUGAUUGACUCGUCGCGUUUUCGGUACCCGGAGAGGGCCAUCGUGUUCCUGGCCGUCUGCUACCUGGUGGUUGGAUGUGCCUACGUGGCGGGCUUGGGGGCUGGAGAUUCCGUGUCGUGCCGCGAACCAUUUCCGCCGCCUGUCAAGCUCGGCCGCCUGCAGAUGAUGUCCACCAUCACCCAGGGCCACCGGCAAACCACGUCCUGCACGGUUUUAUUCAUGGCACUCUACUUCUGCUGCAUGGCGGCCUUCGCGUGGUGGUCGUGUCUGGCAUUCGCCUGGUUUUUGGCCGCCGGCCUCAAAUGGGGCCACGAGGCCAUUGAGAACAAGUCGCACUUAUUCCACCUGGUCGCCUGGGCGGUGCCCGCCCUCCAGACCAUCUCCGUGCUGGCCCUGGCCAAAGUUGAAGGCGACAUCCUUUCUGGCGUUUGUUUCGUGGGUCAGCUGGACACGCACUCUCUGGGAGCCUUCCUGAUCCUGCCCCUCUGCAUAUAUCUCUCCAUAGGAGCACUCUUCUUGUUAGCCGGAUUUAUAUCGCUCUUCCGGAUCCGGACGGUGAUGAAGACGGACGGCAAGCGGACGGACAAGCUGGAACGCUUGAUGCUGCGAAUCGGUUUCUUCUCGGGGCUCUUCAUACUGCCCGCUGUGGGUUUACUGGGUUGCCUAUUCUACGAGUACUACAACUUUGACGAGUGGAUGAUCCAGUGGCACCGGGACAUCUGCAAGCCCUUUUCGAUUCCUUGUCCGGCAGCCAGGGCGCCGGGAUCUCCGGAGGCCCGACCGAUCUUUCAGAUCUUUAUGGUCAAGUACCUCUGCUCGAUGCUGGUGGGGGUGACCUCCAGCGUGUGGCUGUACUCCAGCAAGACGAUGGUCAGCUGGCGGAACUUUGUGGAGCGGCUGCAGGGCAAGGAGCCUCGGACCAGGGCGCAGGCGUACGUCUAGUAUGAGACGGGUCCGGCGGGCGGGGCCAAGUCCACGCCCCUCACCCCCGAUCCGGAGGCGGCCAACGAGAGUUACUUAGAGUUUAGCACAUAGACAGUCCCCAAACCCCAAAAAGAAUAAAGAAACCCCAAAAUGCAGUCGUAGUUCUUAGUGGCUUUGUAUAAAGUUCAUCAUCCCAAGAAAAAAAAAGAAGAGAAAAUCAAAAGUUGACCCUAGGCUAUUGUUUGAAUUUGAAUUAUAUAUUAGUUGAUACGGAAGCAAGCUUGUUGAACCAAAAGUACGCGUAUAAGUUGAGACUCUAGCUCUAAGUCGAGUUGUAUUCUGUAGGAUUUGAUUGCUUUCGUGGUAUACGAACCUCUAGCAUUUACAAUCCUUUAUAUAUUGACGAAUGUUUUUAAGUUAGGUUUUGAUUUUUUGAAAGCUUUAAAUGUGCCCUACAAUUAACAAACGUAUAGAUAUUAUGAUUACGAUAUGAAUGUUAGGCAUUUAAGGGAUGUGAGCAUCGGCUUUUCUGCAGUAUACCUUAGCCAGGCUUCAAAUUUGAUUCUUUAGUCACACAGAACGAAAUAUUUUCCACAUAUACACAGUAAUUAUGCAUAUAGAGUAUACAAUCCAUACCCAAAACAACUGCAGUUCGGUGCUCACAUCUGUGCUUCAUCUAUGUAUAAACAAAAAGGAAACCAUAAACUAUAUAAAUGUAUUAUGUAGCAAUAAAUGUCCUCCAUGUGCUAAACUUAAUGCAAAUACGAUUAUUAUAAUUAUAACUAUAACUGUAACUGUAAUUCUAACUGUAAUUGUAUAUUUGUUGAACUAAUUAAUUCUAAAUGCGUAAUGGAAUAAUUUUUAAUUCAAUUUUUAAAUGACGUUGUAGUCAUAGCACUUAAGUGAACAAACAAACAAACAAACAAAACACGCAAA